GGGAGCUUCUGAGCAGACCGUGAACGCAUCAGGAGGUAAGAGGUUGCGGCUGGCCGUGAAGCAGCGGUCCAGCCAACUUCAUAGCUAACUAUGCCUGGAAAAUGUAAAUUUCAAGACUCCUGGCUCUCAAAGGACAUUUAUAAGGACUGGCUGGUUAAAGACGUCCAGGAUAUUCACUUCGCCCGAUGCAGGGCCUGUUGUAAAUCAAUCAAACUUCAGACCAUGGGCGAGGCUGCUCUCACCAGCCACGCAGGGGGAGCUGGCCACAAAGCAGCGGUCCGCAAGCUGGUGGAAGGCGGUUUCAUGAUGAUAAACGCUGCUGGGCAGAUGAAUGGCAGCGUGAAUCGGGCUGAGGACAGCAAGGAGCAAGUGGCCAUCUGCCUCCAGCGUCACGCCUUGGACAGAAUCACAGGGAACGACUGGUCAGAUCUGCACCACAGCCCCACCGCCAACUCCAACUCCCACAAUGCAGAGCUGCAAGAUGUGACAUUUCCUGCUUCCUACUUCACAGCACCAGGCACCUCCAGGCUCGUCAGCCAGCGUCUCCUCUCGUCAGGCGGCGAGGCGGAGGAAGUGGGCCACCGCCCGGCUCAGCACGACACCGUAGACCUGUCGCGGCUGGAGCACCAGCAGAGAACAGAAGCUCUGGAGCAGCAGCAGCAGAUGAAGAUCCUGGAGUGGGAGAACAGGAUGAAGGUGCUGGCGUGGGAGCAGGAGCUGAUGAGGGAGAAGAGGAGAGCGACGCGGCAGAAGGAGAAGGCCUUCAGGAUGAAGAAAGCUUACUACAAGGCCAAGCUAAAGAAGAUGGGCGAGGAUGUGCCGCUGUCUUCCUCCAGCAGCAGCGAUGAAGAGGAGAAAACGUCCAAUCCAACAGGAUGAACUGAUUUUUUUAAAAGCUUGUUUCAUUCUUGUAUUCUUUUGUCUACGUGCCAUGGAACUGUUACUAUUUUUAUACAUUGUUUUUUGUACUUAAAGGCAAAAGGAGGAUUCUCAGUUGCCUCAUAUCAGCUGUGCUUUGCCUUUUCUACACAAAGAGGGAAAACUACUUUUCCUGCUAGAUGAAUUAGACGUCUUUGAUUCUUUUGUGGUAGAAUGAAAUGGUGAGAAGCGUAUGACAAUGACCCAUUAAGUACUGUCACUUAAAAGCAGUAAGAUUACUUGGGUUGCAGACUAAAAAGUACAAAAGUAGCUCUUUUUAAGACUGAAUAACAGUUAGUUUAUCCCACAUUUCUAAAAGAACUACCACUUUACAGCUCUCCCUGCUGUCACUGAACAAUACACGAAUUACUUUGCACACCUUGUAAAAAUGCUUGUGAACGGUGUGAAAGAGUUAAGAUCAAAAUCACAACGAUCUGUUUGGUUUUAUCUGUUUUUUUUCACUGUCACUGUGAGACAAGUGAUGUUUAAGGUGACAGCUUCUGUAAAGGUCAAAGCCGAUUUUAGGGAGGAUAUUAUUUCAAAGAAUGUACUAAGAUGACAUCUGCAGAUGAAGAAAUUACAUUCCUAAAUGGACAGAACCUUUAAAUAGAGAUGAAAACAUUGUACUUGCAUUGCUUUUAAAGCGCAUGUUAGCCUGAAUACGUAUGCUUAAACUUGUUUUCUGUGCUUUGUAUCGAAAUCUGCUUUUAAUACAAAGUGGAAGUUUACUACCAAGAAUCCAAGCAAAAAAACUCUGAAUAAUGAUUGUAGAAACAUACACUACAUGGCCAAAAGUAUAUGGACACCUUACAGCCAUAUGUGUGUGUUGAAGAUCUCAUUAAAAAAAAAUAUGGGCAUUAAUAUGCGCUGCUGUAACAGCCUCCACUCUCCUAAGAUACUUUGCAGAAGAUUUCGGGCAGAUGAGAGUUGAAGAGUCUCUAAUGUCAAGGAUCACUGGAGCUGUUCUUGAGGCUCAUGGUGGGCCUUUGUUUCUUUAAAUAAAUG